GUAUUAAUUGGACAAGUCUUUGGUUUAGGCAUAGAUGUUGGCGGUGUGGCAAUGGGAGGAGCUGCGACGGGUGACUUUGCGAUGGGAGGUGUUGCGACUGGAGGUUUUGUAACCGGCGGAGUUGCGAUAGGCGGCAUUGCAACUGGCGGUUUUGCAAUGGGUGGUGAUGCGACUGGCGGCUUUGCCAUGGGUGGAGUUGCCAUAGGAGGCUUUGCGACGGGAGGUGUUGCCGGCGACAUUUCACUGGGACACUUAAAGCCAGGUGGUGGUUUUUUCCCACAACCAAGGAGAACCUCAAGAGCUAUGGGGAAAAUAAGGUCGAUGUUGAGAAGUUUAGCUUUAAUAGUGGUACAUAGACAAACAGCCGCGUCUAGAACGUCAACGCACGAGCCAAGUUUCAACGUGUCAAUUGGGCAAGUCUUCGGCUUAGGCAUAGAUGUGGGCGGCGUUGCAACGGGCGGCAUUGCAAUAGGUGGAGUUGCAACAGGUGGUUUUGCGACAGGUGGUGUUGCGACAGGCGGCUUCGCGAUAGGUGGAGUUGCAACAGGUGGUUUUGCGAUAGGCGGUGUUGCAAUUGGUGGUUUUGCGACAGGCGGAGUAGCAACAGGCGGUGUAGCGACGGGUGGUUUUGCAACUGGAGGAGUUGCGAUUGGCGGUGUAGAACCUGGAGGAGUUGCGGUAGGUGGCGUUGCAAUAGGUGGCUUUGCAAUAGGUGGUGUUGCGGUGGGUGGCUUUGCGAUAGGAGGAGUUGCAACCGGUGGGGUUGCUACGGGUGGCUUUGCAAUAGGCGGGGUUGCAACGGGCGGCGUUGCAACAGGCGGUUUAGAGAUAGGUGGAGUUGCUACUGGUGGCAUUGUGGUGGGCGGCGUUGCAACAGGUGGCUUUGCAAUAGGUGGUGUUGCGGUGGGUGGCUUAGCGAUAGGUGGAGUUGCUACUGGUGGCAUUGUGGUGGGCGGUGUUGCAACAGGUGGUGUUGCCACCGGUGGCUUUGAAACAGGCGGAGUUGCAAUAGGUGGUGUUGCAAUAGGUGGCUUUGCAAUAGGCGGGGUUGCAACGGGCGGUGUUGCAACAGGCGGCUUAGCGAUAGGUGGAGUUGCUACUGGUGGCAUUGUGGUAGGCGGUGUUGCAAUAGGUGGCUUCGAAACAGGCGGAGUUGCAAUAGGGGGUGUUGCAACAGGUGGCUUUGCAAUAGGCGGGGUUGCAACGGGUGGUGUUGCAACGGGCGGCUUAGCGAUAGGUGGAGUUGCUACUGGAGGCAUUGUAGUGGGCGGUGUUGCAACCGGUGGUGUUGCAACAGGAGGCUUUGAAAUAGGCGGAGUUGCAAUAGGUGGUGUUGCAACAGGUGGCUUUGCAAUAGGCGGGGUUGCAACGGGCGGCGUUGCAACAGGCGGCUUAGCGAUAGGUGGAGUUGCUACUGGUGGCACUGCGGUGGGUGGUGUUGCAACAGGUGGCUUUGCAAUAGGUGGUGUUGCAAUAGGUGGUGUUGCAAUAGGUGGCUUUGCAAUAGGCGGGGUUGCAACGGGCGGCGUUGCAACAGGCGGCUUAGCGAUAGGUGGAGUUGCUACUGGUGGCGUUGCGGUAGGCGGUGUUGCAAUUGGUGGUGUUGUAGCAGGUGGCUUUGAAACAGGCGGAGUUGCAAUAGGUGGUGUUGCAACAGGUGGCUUUGCAAUAGGUGGUGUUGCAAUAGGAGGAGAUGCAAUAGGUGGUGUUACAACUGGUGGCUUUGCUAUUGGUGGCGUUGCAACUGGUGGGGUUGCUACGGGCGGCUUAGCGAUAGGUGGUGUUGCUACUGGUGGCGUUGCGAUAGGCGGUAUUGCAAUAGGUGGAGUUGCAACAGGCGGUGUACUGACAGGUGGCUUUGCGAUAGGAGGAGUUGCUACAGGUGGAGUUGCAACUGGCGGUUUUGUAGUGGGAGGAGUUGCGACAGGCGGCUUUGCGAUUGGAGGAGUUAUUGUGGGAGGUACCGCAACGGGUGGUGUUGCUAUAGGAGGAGUUGCGACGGGCGGCUUUGCGACCGGUGGCGUUGCGACUGGAGGUGUUGCGGCUGGAGGAUUUGUGGUAGGUGGAGUUGCUAUCGGUGGUGUUGCGGUCGGGGGAGUUGCAACAGGUGGAGUCGCGACAGGUGGCGCUUCAAUGGGAGGAGCUAUUGUAGGCGGAGUUGCUAUAGGCGGAGUUGCAACGGGCGGUUUAGUAGUAGGAGGAGUGGCAACAGGAGGUGUUGUAACAGGCGGUUUUGCAAUGGGAGGAGUUGCUAUAGGAGGAGUUGUGACGGGCGGUGUUGCUACAGGAGGAGUUGCAACAGGAGGAGUUGAAACAGGAGGAGUUACUAUAGGAGGAGUUGCGACAGGCGGAGUGGCAGUAGGCGGAGAAGUAACUGGCGGUUUUGCAAUCGGAGGAGUUGCGAUGGGCGGUGUUGCGAUAGGUGGAGUGGCAAUGGGAGGAGUUGCGAUGGGCGGUGUUGCGAUAGGUGGAGUGGCAACGGGAGGAGUUGCUAUAGGCGGAGUUGCAACUGGCGGCAUUGCGACGGGUGGUUUUGCAAUGGGAGGUGUUGCGACGGGCGGAGUUGCAACGGGUGGCGUUGAGAUAGGCGGCUUUGCGAUGGGAGGUGUUGCGGUAGGAGGUGGUUCUACAGGAGGAGUUGCCACUGGUGGUGUUGCAACGGGUGGAGUUGCCACAGGUGGUGUUGCGACUGGCGGUGUUGGUGCGCACGGUGGAGGUUUGGGAGUUGACGGAGGAGGCUUGGUCGUUGGAGGCUUAGGAGUUGAUGGCGGAGGCUUGACGGAGGGUGGUUUCGGAGUAGACGGAGGAGGUUUCGGGUGGGGAUGAGGGUAAUGGCCAGUGUGUAAACAGUGAAAUGUAUGAAGGAAUGUUAUCAUUAUUAUUUGACUUAAGAGGCAUCGCCCAUUCUCUACUCUUUUUAGUCACAAAUAAUUAAACACAUCAUUUUCUCUCAUUUAGGUCCACUUUUGGGUGUUAGUUUGUGUCUCUACCUAAAGAAGAAGUGGAGAAUCAAUUUUGAGUAGACUC